UGUUGUUAAACUGGUUGUACAACUGUUUAUAGGCUUCAAAUGUACGUGGAGGGGUUUAUAAUUGUUCAGUGAAAGGCCACCGUUUGCUUGUUAUUAUGAAGAGCUCACCUGCUUAUCCAAACAGGACAUGUUCUGUCUUUUCAUGCAUUUAUCGCGCAUGGAGCGGUCGCAACAUGAAACUGUGGUUUCUUAGUUCUUUUAUGGCUGUAUGCGUCUGCUUUAUCUACUGGAAUCUGCUGGGAUUGAUGUCAUCAGGGGACUGGAGCACAUUUCUUAGGGCUACAGAAGUAAGCUGGAUUGUAAAUGAUACAGCUGAAGAAGAGGUGCCGGCCUGCUCUUUGAGACAUAUCAUAAAGAAGGAAAACAGUCUGAAAAAAAAUUUCAGCUUUUUAGUGCCUGUUCUGCAGUGGCGUGAUUCUUUUAUUCAUUCACACUGGGAAAAGCUCCAGAAUGAACCAUUGCCUUACGGCUGGAAGAACCAGUCUUACCACGAAAUAGGCAAGACUCUUUCUCUGCUUUCACAUCCUGGAAACAGUCAUCUGUUUGAGCGGAAAAUGCCAGAUGCAUGUGUGCGUUGUGCCGUGGUGGGUAACGGAGGUAUCCUCAAUGGAUCCAAGCAGGGGAAAGUCAUAGACAGUCACGAUUAUGUUUUCAGGGUCAAUGGGGCAAUAAUCAAAGGUUUUGAAGAUGAUGUUGGGACAAAGACGUCUUUCUACGGCUUCACCACGAACACCCUCAAGAACUCUUUGGCUGGUUAUUACGAAGACGGCUUCGACAGGGUGCCACGUGACCCGGGCAUUGGAUAUAUUUUUAUACCUGCGGAAACUCGAGACUACACGAUGGUGGCAUCUGCCAUCAAGGGUGUAUCUGUACCCUCCGGACCUGAUAAAGGUGACAGUCCCUCAGACCUUUUUGGAUAUAAUCCUGAAAUGCAUCAGUUCAAGAUGAUCCAUCCAUCCUUCAUUCAAUAUGUGACUCAAAGGUUUCUGAAAUCCCCACAGCUGGAUGAAUUCAGAGACCUGUACAUGCCCACCACGGGUGCUCUGAUGCUGCUGACUGCUUUACACACCUGUGACCAGGUCUCUGCAUAUGGCUUCAUCACAGACAAUUAUGAAAACUUCUCAGACCAUUACUUUGACAAGGUCAUGAAGCCUCUGAUCUUCUAUGCCAACCAUGACAUGAUAAUGGAGGGACACCUGUGGAAGCAGCUGCACUCUCAUAAAGUCUUGUGGCUAUAUCAGAGAAAUGAUAACAAGAAAAUGAUGCCACUUCAGUGAAUCUUUGGACAUGGGAAAAAUAGGUUACACAACUACAAAAAUGAAACUACCAAAGAAGUAUUUUGCAGAGGUGUGAAGUAUUCGAGUAAGUGUAAUUGGUUACUGUACAUAAGUAUUUUUUUUUUUUGGCUACAUUGUAGUUGUACUGAGUAUCAAAGGUAUUAGCAACUUAUACUCUCUACUUGACUACAUUUUUGAACAAGUAUGUAAUUUUUACUCCAAUACAUUUGGGAUGAGUAAUGCAAUUACACAUUAUGUUCUGCAUGACACCUAACUUUUUCUGCAGCAGUUUGUUUCUGCUAUAAAGAAGUGCUAUUACAAUCUAAGAGCAUUGAACUUGACAACAAGGCUACUUGCAUUAGCGGGUAGUUUUCUGAAUCGCAGGUGUUUGAUUUAUGAGAUGAGGUCAUGACUGCAGCCGGUGAUGAGGCCAAAACCAGCACAUCCAGUGCAAGUAGACUGACUAUUUAAUUUGACUUAACAUUAUUUUAUUUAUCCAUUUUCACAAAUUCACAUUUACAUAUAAUUAAAUAGAGUAAAGAUAUGCGUAUUUAGCGUGCUGUCUGGGGGGAGGGCUCCGAGCUCAGAGUUUUGGCCUGAACUCAGAGUACUCCCCCCGGUUGUGGUAAGAAUAGAUAGAAUUAGAAGUGAGGAGAUUGGGUGGAGGAGUCAUUUUCACCGUAAGGUAUCUGUACUUUUACUCAAGUAUGGUUUUCAGGUACUCUUUACACCUCUGGUAUUUUGGAUUAAUCUGUUGAACAUUUCAUAUUAAUUCAAAGAUUCACAGAUGUUUUGUUGCACCCUGCUUCUCCUGCAACAUUUAGAGGCAAUGCCACUGAGAAGGAUGUUUUUAACAAGUCAAAUAAAUUAUUUAAAUCAAAACGUUACUUGGGAAACUGUGUUUGACUCUUUGAUACUUAGUAGGUUUUGGUCAUAAAUAGAAGGAAGGGGUUACUGUGAGAACACAGGCAACUUUAAAUGGACCUCUAUGAUGUGGUGUCCCCCAGGGUUCAAUCCUUGGACCUCUCCUUUUCAGUCUGUAUAAUGUGUAAAAUGUGUUUUUAAAGUGUAAAAAUGUAUAUUGUCAUGCCAAAUAUUUAUUAGACAAAUCAUUCAUCACUGUAUAACAUUCAUGUAGAUCAUGCAUGAACUGAUAAAAUGUAAAUCACUGUAUCUCACUUACUAAUCCAUGUAGUUAAUAGAUAAAGAAACAAAACUGCUUUCAAUUAUGUUUCCAAUAAGAAAAAACCAUCCUGACAUCCCUAAAGACAACACUUGCAGCCCAAUGACUGGAGCUUGGCAAUAUACAAUAAAUGAUUUCUGAAUUAUUUCUGAAGGAUCAUGUGACACUGAACACUGAAGAAUAAAAAUUCAGCUUUGCCAUUACAGUCAUAAAUUACAUUUUAAAAUAUAUUCAAAUAGAAAAGUUACUUUAAAUUGUAAUAAUAUUUAUCAAUAUUAAUGUUUAUUUAAUUAAAUAAAUGCAGCCACCUUGCAGAUUGCUUUCAAAGACAUAAUAAAUAAAUAAAUAAAU